AUGGCAGCACAAGCACAUGCAGAUGAUGAUCAAGAAAUUCAAGAAACCCAACAACAACACCCACAACAACUACCCACCUCCACAACCACCAUUGAACUUCACGUUUCUCUCUCUAGAAACCAAUGGGUUCAGAGACCGGACUCCAAGUUCUCCUCACAAGAUCAACCCACCCACCACCACCUUGCUCCACCCACCACCACCACCACCACCCCAGCCGCCGCAUCCAGUGGUUUAGAGAUUCCGCAUCAAUUGGUAGCGACGAGAAAAGUCGGUGCUUCUUCUUCCAAAGACCGCCACACGAAAGUGAACGGCCGGGGGCGGCGCGUCAGGAUGCCGGCGCUCUGCGCCGCCCGGAUCUUCCAGCUGACGCGCGAGCUCGGCCACCGCUCCGACGGCGAGACCAUCGAGUGGCUGCUCCGCCACGCCGAGCCCUCCAUAAUCGCCGCCACCGGCACCGGAACCGUCCCGACGGGUCCGGUUUCCACUCUCGCCGGAACUCUCCCUCUCUCCUCGGCCUCCUCCUCUUCCAGAGUCGCCGGGGUUUCUGGUGGUGGACAUGUACCGGCGGGAAUGUUCGCGGUGGCGCCGCCGAGCUGUAGAUUGAACUUGUCUCAGCCGUCGCCGACGAUGGUGCUGGACCUUUCCGGGAAUGAGUACCGGCAUAUGCCGUUCACGGCGUUGUUGCUGCAGCCGGCGACUGAUGAGGCGGAGGAGAGAAGACAAGAAGAGGUGCUUGGGGAGGAGAAGAUAUGAUUCUGUGAAUGUAUAUAUAUAUAUGUAAUAAUGUAAUGUGUGUGUGUUUCUAGGGUUAGUGAUUAAGGUUCAGUGUGUUCUAUUAGUAGUUAGAAGGAUUGAAAAUUUUGGGUCUUGUGAUUUCACUCAGAAAAAUGAGAGAGAGAGAAAAGAAAAAAAAAAAGUGUUCUACAGUAAAUUUUUUUUUAAAAUAUGAUUUUUUUAUUGAGGUUUGGAUGAGGGUGAACGUGAGGGAAAUGUAAAUUAUCUUAAAUGGGAAUAGAUGGUGGGCCCUUAUUUGCUUGAUAAUAA